AUGUCAAACGCCACGCUUUCGCGUGCGGAACAAAAUUACGUCCUGGAUGGACUUGCGUUGCCGACACCGCAGCGUCAGGAUGGAAGAAAGCUCGAAGACUAUCGUCCUAUUUCUGUCGAGGCACCUUUUUCGGAGCAGGCGAAUGGGUCUGCGCGAGUCAGCAUAGACGGCACGCAAGUGCUGUGCGGCGUUAAGCUGGAAAUGGAGGCGUACGACCCGCCGCAUGUCACGGUGCAGGAUGGAAAAAUGGCGCGCGAUUUUGCUCCGUUGCUUCCGCCGUUGUCCCGGGUGCAAGUCGGUGUUGAAUACUCGCCGGCGCUGCUGCAUUCGCACACGCCGCAAGAGUUGAGUGUGCUUUCAACGUCUGUACAGGACAUGCUUAAUGCGUGCUUUGGGCUACAUGGAGAUGCAUUGGGUCCUUUGCCGGUGCGCCAGUUCAUUGUAGUUCCUUACGCCAAAUUCUGGUUGAUGCGCAUAGACGUCUACGUCCUAUCCUGGAGUGGCGGGAAUGUCUUGGAUACCCUAUUUGCAAGCGUCUUUGCUGCGCUGUGGAACACGAAGCUUCCAAAAACCAAGCUACUGUCUGUGGACAAAGCCGUUGAUGCAUUGAACCAGCCGGUGCUUACGGACGAUGAUCAUGUGGGCAUGAAAUAUAUCACGCGCGGCCGCAAAAACGAAGCUGCGAGUACCGGCGCCACCGAUUUUGCGUUGGAAAAUGAAUGGGAAGAUGGGGUGUCGCUGGAAGGGCGGAGCGAAGUGCCCGUGUGCAUUUCUGUAUACCCUGUUGGAAACGACUUUUUACUCGAUCCACGUUUGGAAGAGGAAAGUGCAUUGCGCGUCUCAAUUUCCGUGCUCUGCUCCGCAAGCGGCAAGCUUUACGGCGUACAACAGCGGGGUGAUGGCGAAGUGACGAUGGCCGUGGUGGACAAGGCGAUCCAGGCAGGAAUCCACCAUGCAAAGCAGCUUGCAGCAUCACUCAAGACGUUUGGCACAGCGCCACACCAUGUAUAA